GGCAGCAAUCGCAGUUUUAUUUCCAAACUUCAAAAUGAGGUUCUUUCUUUUACUAGCUCUGGCUGUUUUCGCCUUUUGCGUACUCGUUGAAGGCGUUUCAUCCGAUACCAAUUCGGGUUCCAAUUCAGAUGUAGAUACGGACUCCGGUAGCAGUUCGGAAACGGGAACCACCUCUGACGAGGGAACUUAUUCAGGAACAGGAACAGCGACUGAAACAACGACUACCACAACCACAACUACAACCAGUGCCAGAGCACCCGUGAUCCGCCACCAUCGUCGCCGGCGAGGAAACCUCCGGAGGAGGAUCAACCGCCGCAGACAAGCUGCCCAGCAGCGAAGGCGCCGUAGGGGAUAAACCAAAUACCAUCCACCUUUUCUCCGAAAAUCUUUCAAUUUGGAAAAAAAAUUUAUGUGAAUUUUUAUAAUAAAAUAUAUAAUUAAUUUUCAA